UAUACCCAAUAGAUAUACAUACAUAUAUCAAAAAAAGAUUUUUGUAUGGAUUUGCAAAUAAAUAUUGAAUAAUAAGAAGAGAAAAAAAAAGCAAUAAGUUAUUGGGGACAAAGCGCGGCGGAAGAAUCGGCGGCGAGACGUCCUUUGUCACCAAUAAUAUUUGAUUUGUGUGAUUAUAUACACACAAAAAAACGAAGAAGCGACACAAAGAGGCGAUAACAGAAGAGAUGGGAAACCAGAAGCUUAAAUGGACGGCGGAGGAAGAGGAGGCAUUACUCGCCGGUGUUAGAAAGCACGGUCCCGGCAAGUGGAAGAAUAUUCUCCGCGAUUCUGAAUUCGAUGGGCAGCUCUCUAAUCGUUCCAACAUCGACCUCAAGGAUAAGUGGCGUAAUUUAAGUGUUGCCCCUGGCAUUCAAGGCUCUAAGGAUAAGAUAAGGACACCAAAAAUCAAAGCUGCUGCUUUUGAUCUGGCUUCCGCUGCAGCUGCCGCUACCUGUAAUCAAAUCCCUAAUGCUAUCCCUUCUCCAGUAGCUAAACUUAUCCGUAAUGUAUCUUCUGAAAACAUUGAGGAGUUUUGUAACAUUGUUGUUGAUGCGAAGAAUGUUCCCAGAUAUGAUGGAAUGAUAUUUGAAGCUCUUUCAGCCUUGACGGAUGUUAAUGGAUCUGAUGUCAGUGCAAUUUACAACUGCAUUGAGCAGCAACGACAUGGAGCACCACCAAAUUUCAGAAGGAUGCUUAGUUCAAGAUUGAGGAGGCUUGCUGCUCAGGGAAAACUUGAAAAGGUUAGCCACUUAAAAUCAACACAGAACUUCUACAAGAUGAAUGACAAUAGCUUGAUACCAAGAACACCACAAGUAGCGAGACCAAAAGAGAUGAACGCGAAACCCCGGCAGACACACAGUCAAGGACCCUCUAUUUCACAGGAGAUGGUUGGUGAAGCUUCAAUAACCGCAGCUUAUAAGCUCGUGGAAGUAGAGAACAAAUUAGAUGUGGUCAAAGGAUCGUCAGAAGAGAUAGAGAGAAUGAUGAAUCUGGCAAAACACGCGGAGUAUAUGCUAGUGAUAGCGAGAGAGAUGCACGAAGAAUGUUGUCAGGGAAAUAUUAUGUUCCUGGAUUGAGGAUGAUGGGACAAAAAAGAAAGCAGCACAGAAUCUGGAGUUGCUAGUUGAUAAUAGGGGCUAUAUUAGCUUUUUGCGUUAUCUUCUUCCUUUGUUUUUAUGAUUACCAACUUUAGGAAUAUGUUUGGACAAAAAUAACACUUAACUUUCUUUCAUUUUAUCAUCAUAAAAUUAGGUAGUUGAGUAAUUUUAGCCCAAACAUCUGAAUUUCUGGUGUGGUUGGAAAGGAUCGUAUUAUUUUUUUUGUAUUGUGUGCUUUUAAAAACCAGAUGAUUUUUUUA